UGUUAAAAAAAAAUGGAUAUAAGGAAAGCUGGAACUUAACAGAACUGUAGAUGUUACAAUUUCUUCACAAAUAAUUGACCAACUAUGCCAUUUAAUUCCAUUUAAAUUUACUAAUAGUUUAUUAAACAUAGAAAGAACCUGACACUUUAAUGUCUUGUAUUUCUAGAUAGUUUUCGCUUGUUAUCAGUUGAACAUGGAUGAAUUAAAGGAAGGAUCCCCAAAGAAUGUCGACGAGGCUGAGUUAGUGGAGAAAACUGUUGUAGAUGAAAUUAAAGAAGAGCAAGAAGAAGAAGAAGAAGACGACGAGGAGGCAUUGCCCCACUCUGAAUUUCUUGACAUCUUUGAGGAAGGCCUGGCUCUGAUGGUGCAGGACCCUUUACUGUGCGACCUGCCAAUUCAGGUCACGUUGGAGGAGGUGAACUCUCAGGUGGCUCUGGAAUAUGGUCAAGCCAUGACUGUUCGUGUUUGUAAGGCUGAUGGAGAAGUCAUGCCUAUUGUGGUUGUGCAGUCUGCUACGGUUCUGGAUCUCAAGAAAGCCAUUUGCAGAUAUAUGGAGCUGAAACAGCAGCGAGAGGGGGGUGUCAAACACAUCAGCUGGAAAUAUGUGUGGAGGACAUUUCAUCUGGUCUUCAAUGGAGAACAAUUAGAAGAUGACAAAAGAAAGCUUAAGGACUACGGGAUCAGGAACAGAGAUGAAGUGACGUUUUUGAAGAAACUGAGGAGGAAAUGAACAGAGACCAUUGCCAGUUUUCUUUAAUAGGCCAAAUUUGUAAAUAGAUAUUUAAAGGCGUUCUGUUCCAAACACUGUUCACGGCUAUUUUUCUGUGGAACAACAACAACAAAAAGCGUUUUUCUUUCUCUAUUUUUUUUAGCCUUUUAAACUGUUCUUUUCCAUACAAUAACAACAUUUCAGUGACCACUGAAAUGGAACGUGGCAGCUGUGGUCACCAUGAACUCUGAGCAAUGCUCUUUUUUAAAACUGCUUUUGGGAAGACUUUGUUUAUUUCCUAAUCCUGUGAAGAUGGACACUUGUUAAAGCAAUUAUUCUAACAAGUAACUUAAAUAGUUAUUUUUAGAAUACAUUUUAUAAAGGCA